GUUGUAAAGCAGAAGACUGCUGCUGGGCUUCACUUCUAGACAUUCAACAUGAAAAUAAAUUUAGUGGGUAGCCAGGCAGGCUUCUGCGCUGGUCGUGUGUGUCUUGUGUUGGGGAGAGGGGGGGCGGAAAAGUGGAGAGGGCUGGGAUCAGAGGAUCACAUUUCAUUGUGACAUCACUGGUCCUUGUUCCAAGCUGAGAUGCAAGCUAACUAAUUCAAUGGAAAAGGCAAAACCAUCCAGCCCAACCUGGAUGAAGUGGCUGUUCAGGAGAUUUGAAGSAACUGGUCAGGAGGAUUUUGAAUCAGUCACAGAUUUUGCCAUGUUUGAGAGAAGGCAGUGAUGGCUUUGUGGUUUUGAACUGAAACCAGUAGUACAUGCUAUUGAAGGCUCAUGUGCCUGAGGAAUGGUCAUGAAUGGGUGUCAAGAUCUAGACAGCUUGUGAGAAUGCCUCGACCUGCUAAUUUACCCCUCUUUCAAAUCACAUUUCUUUUGCUCUUUUUGUGCUGGGAUGUAUUGAGUCGGGCUUUGCCCAUUGGUCCAGAUUAUUUGCAGCGCGGCUGGCAGCGGCUCUUGGAGGAAGGAGAGAGCUGUGUGGAAUGCAAGUUGGAGGACUGUCCCACCCCAAGGGGCUGUCUUGCUGGGGUGGUGCUGGAUGCCUGUGACUGUUGCUGGGAAUGCGCCAAUCUUGAGGGACAGAUCUGUGACUUAGACAAUACUAACCACUUCUAUGGCAAGUGUGGGGAUCAUUUAGAAUGCCGCCUUGAUUCUGGGGACCUGCGACAUGGAGAGGUGCCUGAACCCCAAUGUACUUGCCAGUCUAACCAAGCUCUCUGUGGCUCUGAUGGCAAAACAUAUGCCCAAAUCUGCAAAUUCCAAGAAGUGCGUAACUCUCAUCCUGAAACUAAUCUUACCAUAACUCACAAAGGACCUUGUGAAUCAGAACCCCAUAUCAUAUUGCCUCCCUAUGACAUCUGGAACAUCACUGGGCAAGAUGUGGUUUUUGGCUGUGAGGUCUUUGCAUAUCCCAUGGCUUCAAUUGAAUGGAGGAAAGAGGGACUGGAUAUGUUGCUUCCUGGAGAUGACCCCCAUAUUUCAGUUCAGUUUAGGGGAGGCCCUCAGAAAUAUGAGGUGACCAGCUGGCUCCAGAUCCAAGGUGUGAGGGUGACUGAUGAGGGAACGUACCGCUGCUUUGCAAGGAACAAUAUUGGGCAGGUGGCAGCUCCUGCCAAUCUUCUGGUUCUCACUCCUGAUCAGCUAAAUAUGACCAAAUUGGUUCUGCCCAAAACGUCUAACCACAGACUGGAUGAGGACAUGGAGAGUGAUGAAUCCUAUGACUAUUACUGAUGGGACAUAUGUGACAGAGGCAGCAAGAGUUCAAUUGAGAUUUACAUUUUUCCCCCAUUUGAGAGUUGUCUGCUCACCAACUACAGACUUGACUUCAAGGAAAACCAGUAUCUGAACCUUGUGCCACAUUUAAAGACAGCUGAAAAUGUUGUUUUGUGUGGGAUAGCUAAACAUAGUCAGUCCUCUGUAUCCAUAGAUUCUGCAUCCCUGGACUCGACCACCCACAGUUUGAAAAUAUUCCCCAAAGCAAUCCUUGAUUUUUUCAUUUUAUAUAAAGGAGGCCAUUUACUAUGCCACUGUAUGUAAUGGGACUGAACAUCCAUGGAUUUUGGCACAAACAGGGGGUCCUGGAAUCAAACCCCACUGGACACCAGAGGCCCAGUGUACUUAAUCAUUUGACCCAUCCCUUUGCUGGAUGAAGGGCACACAAUAGUGGGAGGGAAAAUCUAUUGUAUUUACUGAUCUUAUAGCAAGUGGGCAUUAAAAGAUAGUUUGACCACCCUCCAAAGAA